AUGUUGCGCGUAUUCGCACUGUCUUUGUGCAUUUUGACAGCGCACGCGCGGCGCUCAGCAAAUGCUGAUCUUUUAGAGGAUUUGCUGAGAACCACCGAUCUAGCUGAGAGAUAUUCUAGUAAUAUUAUAGAAGACGCGUUUCUUGAUGCGCGGAUGCCCGUGAAAUUAUUCACGCAUUUCAUCUUUACUUAUUGGCCAUUUUUAUUAAAUUACAAUUGGAAUGGUCUUGCAAAGAAGUACGGCUACCCAUUCGAAGAGCAUCAGGUAGUCACAGAAGAUGGGUAUAUCCUGGGCUUACACCGAAUCCCACAUGGUCGAGAUCAGAACAAUGUGCCUGGACCCCGUCCUGCAGUUCUAGUCAUGCAUGGACUGUUUUCAUCAUCAGCUGACUUCAUUAUAUUGGGACCUGGGAUUGCUAUGGCAUACAUUUUUGCUGAAGCUGGUUACGAUGUAUGGCUAGGCAAUGCUCGCGGAACCUACUACUCCCGUAAACACGUCUCCAUCAACCCCAACGACAAACGAGGCAUUUAUUGGGACUUCUCUUGGGAUGAAAUCGGAAACAGAGACUUACCAGCCAUGAUCGAUUACAUUCUGCAUGCUACGGGAAACCCUGGUGUCCAUUAUAUCGGGAUGUCACAGGGUACUACUACCUUCUUUACCAUGGGCUCACUUCGACCAGAGUAUAAUUCCAAGAUUAUAUCGAUGCAUGCGCUGGCACCAGUCGCUUAUCUAGCUCAUAAUAAGCAAAAAUUAUUCCACGUUUUGGCAAAGCAUGGAAAUACUUUGGAGACUAUUAUGGGCUUGCUUGGAUUAAAGGAACUUUUACCAAAUAAUGUAUUAAUGACUAUAUUGGGUAUUGCAUUGUGUAGUGAUGAUUCUCCCUUCCAACCGCUUUGCAGCGCUGUAAUAUUUGCUAUUGCUGGAUAUAAUCCGGCUCAACAUAAUGCUACUAUGCUUCCCGCCAAGAUUGGUCAUGCCCCAGCUGGUGCCUCUCUACGACAAUUAGUCCACUAUGGGCAGAGCAUUACUGACAAAGACUUUAGAAGAUACGACCACGGUGCUUUGAGAAAUCUUUUGGAAUAUGGAACUUUAGCUCCUCCGAAAUACCGCUUAUCUCAAGUCACUGCUCCUGUGUAUUUACAUUACUCAGUAAAUGAUCCGCUUGCUGAAAUCGAGGACGUCCAAAGAUUGCAUAGAGAAUUGGGAGGUCCAGCCAAAAUGUUACGAGUCCCAGACCCAACAUUUACUCACAUAGAUUUCAUGUGGGGCAUUGAUGCUAAAACAUUAGUGUUUGAUAGAGUUAUUGAAAUAAUGAGACUGUAUGAUAAUGAUCUACGGAAAUGAACAUGAGCGAAA